UGAAAAAGUUGUAGUUUGCUGCUGUGUGGGAUCGAAGUGAACAUCGGGACGUUUGGGGACACCGUUACCGACCAACUGAGGGGAGUGGAGCUGCACGUUACACCAAAAUGGCAACCCCCUAUGUGACAGAUGAAUCUGGGAAAUACAUUGCUGCCACUCAGCGACCUGAUGGAACAUGGCGGAAGCCGAGGCGGGUGAAGGACGGUUAUGUCCCUCAGGAAGAAGUACCAGUCUACGAAAACAAAUAUGUCAAGUUUUUCAAGAGCAAACCGGACCUGCCACCCGGUAUGAGCCAGCCUGAGGAAGCUCCGCUGAAGCAGCAGCAGAAGAUCCCCGGUUGCGGAGACAGCGAGACGGCCGGUCUCUCAAAGUCUGCCAAACGCAACAUGAAACGCAAAGAGAAGCGAAAACAGCAGCAGCACCCGGGCCAGGAUGGGGAUGCAGAUGUGGACUCUGUGAGCGAUGCCGUCGAGCACGUGUCCCUUUCAGAGGGCGGUGAGUCUUCAAACAAGACGGCGGCGGCGGCGGUUUCUGUCUCAUCCCCCGAUGAUUCGUCGGCAGCGGCUGAAAAGUCCAAGAAAAUCAAAAACCUGAAAAAGAAACUGCGACAAGUUGAGGAGCUGCAGCAGAAAGUGGACUCAGGGGAAAUACAGGAGCCGACAAAGGAUCAAUUGGAAAAGUUGGCUCGGGCCCACGCUAUACAGGUCGAGUUAGAGCAGCUCGAGAGAGAUUCUUGAAGCAAUAAAGAAAAGCAGAAGAAGUAGACGGACUAAACGUACAAACUACAUCCUGAACGACGGGGGAGGGACCUUUGAAGCUUUGUGGUCAUAGCUAUCAUCAAACAUAUUGUACCUAUUUGAUAUUCAUCAUGAACUUUGAAAGUGAACACAGUCACGGCGCCUUUCAUGCAGCGAAUGACGGGACGUUUACACAGCAGGCGUCACAUCUUCAGACCCGACGAACCUGUUUUUAGAUUUAGAUCUCUAUAUAAUGUUAAGACUCCUGCUCAUAGACAUGUAUCGGCCAGGCCACUCAUUUAUAAAUAUCUUUAAAAGACAACAUUGUGAGUUGUUUUGAACGUGUCUGUCGUUCCAUUUUGUACCGUUCAUGCCAUCAGGUAUUACUCACACAUUAAAUGAAAGAACACUUUUCUGUUAACUCUUACAUACUGUUCAUAUUCUGUACUUUCACAGUAGUAGGAUUCCAGCAUAACAAGUGUCAUAGUGUACAUAUGACAUGCAAUUUUGAACAACAGAUGUAUGUCUAAAUGGCCUGUCUGACAUGAAUAAAUAGAUGAUUAAUUCUUAAUCUUUCAGA